AAUGUGAAGCCAGCAGCGUGUUGUGUCUCUGCAGGAGGUUUUGACAGGGGAAACAUUUGGGAACCACUGACCCACUCUCUGCUGAAUGAGGUGGAACAUGACCACACCUCCUGUUACUCAGUGUGUGUCUAUUGGCUGCUGGGAAUUAUCUGGUGCCUGGAUGUGGCUGCUGUGAAGGGUUUAUAAUAUUAAAACUCCCCAAACUCCUCCAUCCUCUCUGACACUUGUUGCUGCUGCCUGCGCACCGCCGGGAGAGGCCACCUGAACCUCAGCCUUCAGCGUUUCCUUUGGGAUUUCCCGCGGGGAGUGAUGAACUCCAUCGACCCUCAGUCCCAUCACCAGCACCACCACCACACCUCCCCUACCGUCGGCUCGCUCCCACCCAAAGGCGCCCAGGAGGCCCCGGACAUGGCCGCUGUCUACUGCGACAACUUCAGCAGCAUGUACCACCAGCAGAGCCUCCAGGGCGCACAGAGACCCGCCGGGUACGGCCUCGGAGAUUACGCGUCGUCUCCAAACCCGUACCUGUGGCUCAAUGGGCCGGGCGUCAACUCCUCCGCAUCCUACCUGCACGGCAACAACCCGGCGUCGUUCAUCCCGCCCUCCUACGGCUCGCAGCGGCAGUUCAUAACAAACUCACCUGGCUUCGGUGGGCCCGACCUGGGCUGGCUGUCCAUCGCCAGCCAGGAGGAGCUGCUGAAGCUGGUCCGGCCGCCGUACUCCUACUCUGCGCUCAUAGCCAUGGCCAUCCAGAAUGCGCACGAGAAGAAGCUGACCCUGAGCCAGAUUUACCAGUACGUCGCCGACAACUUCCCCUUUUAUAAGAAGAGCAAAGCCGGCUGGCAGAACUCGAUCCGGCACAACUUGUCUCUGAACGACUGCUUCAAGAAAGUGCCGAGGGACGAGGACGAUCCAGGAAAAGGAAAUUACUGGACGUUGGACCCAAACUGUGAAAAGAUGUUUGACAACGGGAAUUUCCGCAGGAAAAGGAAACGACGUUCGGAUCCGAGCAGUGCGGGAGGAGCAGCAGCGACGGCGGCGGCGACAGCGGGGGCCACAAAAGUGGAGGACAGCAGGCCGGCGAUGGCGGCCUCCCUGAAGCCUUCAGACAGUCCCCAGCUCCUGGGGCCGCCCUCGCCAGAGAUGGAGGCGAUGAACGAGAACCACAAGAGCUCGUCGUCGUCCUCGCCGCCCGGACUGGCCUCGGCCGCUCCUUGUUUUAAUAACUUCUACAGCAGCAUGUCAACGCUCAGCUCGGGGGCCCCGAGCCGGCAGGGGUCCCUGGGACUGGUGAACGAGCUGUCGAACAGGAACAUUACGGCCCUGAGCCCGUACCACCUCAACCACGGCGGGCAGGACACGGGGGCGUCAGAGCACAGCGAGGGCUUGCAUUUCAACCGUGGAGUGUACUACAACACAUUUGGCAGCGGGCAGAGCGGACAGUUCAACAGUCACUUCUACAACAGCUUCAGUGUCAACAGCCUGAUCUAUCCCAGAGAAGGCACAGAGCUAUAGGAGCUGUUCUAGGGACUUGCUGCUCAGUGAAAUCCCUCUGAAACACACAAAAACACACGUGCAUGCGUUUCUGCAGAAAGGUCAGAGUGCACGCUGGGUAGCAUCAUAAACACAGCGCUCCCUUCACUGAUCAAUCCACGGAGAGAUUAGAGACUUUGUUUUAGCUAAACUUGAUUUAACUUGACAAGCACUCGAACACCAGCCGGAAAGUCCAACAAAAAAAACGAGCACUUAUCUUUUUCCUUUUUGUUAUUGUUAUUAUAUCAAAGCUCCUACUUUGCUCUUAAUGCUGAAAUAUACCUGCAAAGUAAGGGCACCACUGAACACUUAUGUCUUUUGUAAAAAAAAUUUUAAACAAUCUAUUUUACAUUUUUGGGCAGUUUCAACAACAAAAAAUCUCUAUUCUUGUAGUCAAAGCCACUCUUGAUGUAAAUGUACGUUUGAUAUUUUGCCAAACCUUGCCCAUGUUUCUUUAGAGCGUCCAAAUUCUUACAGUUGAUUACAUAUGUUGAAACUGCUAAUUCAUAUUAAUAAUCAACACCAAUCUGCCAAAGUUGCCUUUGUGAGACCGCCAUUACCUCAAAACAACAAUCAUAUGAGAUGAAAGUGCCCUGAUGUCAAGGGUUUACCUGUAUAUUUAGAUUUCCAAAUGCAGUAACAGUUGAUUUAUGACAAAUAUGAUCCGAGAUGGGGCUUGCCUUAUUUUUAUAUCCAUGUUGACUGAAACCACAGGACUAAGGCUCAUGUAAAUACAUGUGGACUUUAUAAAUGUGUAUUUUUGUAAAUUAUGAAAAAAAUAGUUUGUGACUAUUUAUGCUAUUUAUGCUGAUAGGCAUUGUUUUUCUACUGUUCUCCGAACAUAGUUUGAUUUAAGCAGAAGUGAAUGACAUUAGCUGACAAAACGCGCCGAAAACAGUAUCACUAAAACCCAGAUGUCAUAAAUAUAUAUAAAUAUAUAAAUAUAUUAAAACUAUAUGCUAUAUCAUGGUUUCUCUCAGGAUUCAGUGUGACAAUCAUUGAAUGGCUUUUGUAUCUAUUAUUGUCUUUUUUUAAUCUUUAUACAGUGCAUACAGCUUACAGGCAGUUUCAACUGUGACUAUUAAUAAAUAUCAUGUGGUCUCUA